GACUGUGCUCUCUUCCUCUGCAGAAACAGCUCCCUGCCAACACAACGCGCUCAGAAUGGCUUUGAAGAGGAGGAGCAGCAGCGUUUGAACAUCUCCCUUUUUUCCCCCUCUUCCUCCUGCUCUUACUCUUGUAGUUGGUGGAUUUUAAAAAGACAUUUAACCCUCAGAGGUUUGUCCUGGAUGCUUUUGCUUUUUUCCUUCCCCCCCCUCCCUUCGUUUCCCCCCUUCCUGUUCUUUUUUAUGGUUUAACAGCCAGAGGUGCUGUGCUAAAUUCUUGGAAGGGGCCCGGAUGUACUGAGGAUGCAUUGCAAUUUCACUAAAGGAGGCAGUAGUGGAAAGGAUCAGWUUUUGGUGUUUGAUGCAAUAAUGGGAAUCAGGUAAUAAUAAAAGGGGAAAUUCUGCAGCUCCAUUCUUCCUUCAAUUUUACCAAGCCGAUUCUCGGAGGGAUUAUUCUGGACUCGUUUUAAAUGGUCAAUGAAAACAAGAGGAUGUACAUUCCAGAAGAAAACCAUCAAGGUUCCAACUAUGGGAGUCCCCGUCCAGCUCAUGCCAACAUGAAUGCCAAUGCAGCUGCAGGGCUUGCCCCAGAGCAUAUCCCUACUCCGGGAGCAGCUCUGUCCUGGCAAGCUGCGAUCGAUGCUGCCAGGCAAGCCAAGCUGAUGGGUAGUGCUGGCAAUGCGACAAUAUCCACAGCCAGCUCCACACAGAGGAAACGGCAGCAGUACGGGAAGCAGAAAAAACAGGGUACAACCACAGCUACGCGGCCUCCCCGGGCACUGCUGUGUYUAACACUGAAGAAUCCCAUCCGGAGGGCGUGCAUCAGCAUUGUUGAAUGGAAAUCAUUUGAAAUAAUUAUUUUACUGACUAUUUUUGCCAAUUGUGUGGCCUUAGCUAUCUAUAUCCCCUUUCCAGAAGAUGAUUCCAAUGCCACCAAUUCCAAUCUGGAACGAGUGGAAUAUCUCUUUCUCAUAAUUUUUACAGUGGAAGCAUUUUUAAAAGUAAUAGCAUACGGACUUCUCUUUCACCCCAACGCUUACCUCCGCAAUGGCUGGAAUUUACUAGAUUUUAUAAUUGUGGUAGUAGGGCUUUUUAGUGCAAUUUUAGAACAAGCAACCAAAGCAGAUGGGGGGAAUUCAAUAGGAGGAAAAGGUGCCGGAUUCGAUGUUAAAGCACUGCGGGCUUUCCGAGUAUUACGUCCACUACGGCUGGUGUCUGGAGUUCCUAGUCUCCAGGUGGUUUUAAAUUCAAUUAUCAAGGCCAUGGUCCCUCUGUUGCAUAUUGCCCUGCUGGUGCUGUUUGUCAUUAUUAUCUAUGCCAUCAUUGGACUGGAGUUAUUCAUGGGGAAGAUGCAUAAGACCUGCUACCAUGUGCAAGGGGGACUGAUAGAUACACCUGCGGAAGAUGAACCCUCUCCGUGUGCUCCCCAGUCUGCCCAUGGGCGGCAGUGUCAGAAYGGCACCGAGUGCAAGGCGGGCUGGGAGGGACCUAAGCACGGCAUUACCAACUUUGACAAUUUUGCUUUUGCCAUGCUCACGGUGUUUCAGUGCAUCACCAUGGAGGGCUGGACAGAUGUGCUGUACUGGGUCAAUGAUGCCAUAGGAAGGGACUGGCCCUGGAUCUAUUUUGUUACACUAAUCAUCAUAGGGUCAUUUUUUGUACUUAACUUGGUUCUCGGUGUACUUAGCGGGGAGUUUUCCAAAGAAAGAGAAAAGGCUAAGGCUCGAGGUGAUUUCCAGAAGCUACGGGAAAAACAACAGCUAGAGGAGGAUUUGAAAGGUUACUUAGAUUGGAUAACUCAAGCAGAAGAUAUUGAUCCAGAAAAUGAAGAUGAAGGCAUGGAUGAGGAGAAGCCUCGAAACAUGAGCAUGCCCACCAGCGAGACAGAGUCUGUGAACACCGACAACGUCCCUGGGGCAGAUAUGGAAGGCGAGAACUGCAGUGCAAGGCUGGCGCAUCGGAUCUCAAAAUCAAAAUUUAGUCGCUACUGGCGCCGAUGGAAUAGAUUCUGCAGAAGGAAGUGCCGUGCUGCUGUCAAGUCCAAUGUUUUCUAUUGGCUGGUGAUUUUCCUCGUGUUUCUCAACACCCUCACCAUUGCUUCUGAGCAUUACAACCAACCAGACUGGCUCACGGAGGUCCAAGACACUGCCAAUAAGGUGCUGCUAGCUCUUUUCACGGCAGAGAUGCUGCUGAAGAUGUACAGCCUUGGUCUCCAGGCCUACUUUGUGUCCCUCUUCAACCGCUUUGACUGUUUCAUUGUGUGUGGAGGCAUCCUGGAAACGAUCCUGGUUGAGACAAAGAUCAUGUCACCACUGGGCAUUUCAGUUUUGAGAUGUGUCAGACUCCUAAGAAUAUUUAAAAUCACAAGAUACUGGAACUCCCUGAGUAAUCUUGUGGCUUCACUCCUUAAUUCAGUCCGCUCCAUUGCCUCCCUGUUGCUGCUUCUCUUCCUMUUCAUCAUCAUCUUCUCACUCCUGGGGAUGCAGCUCUUUGGGGGCAAGUUUAACUUUGAUGAAAUGCAGACUAGGAGGAGUACAUUUGACAACUUUCCUCAGUCCCUCCUGACUGUGUUUCAGAUCCUGACUGGGGAGGACUGGAAUUCGGUGAUGUAUGAUGGGAUCAUGGCUUAUGGCGGCCCCUCUUUUCCAGGAAUGUUGGUCUGUAUUUACUUCAUCAUCCUCUUCAUCUGUGGAAACUACAUCUUGCUGAAUGUAUUUUUGGCCAUUGCUGUGGACAACCUUGCUGAUGCUGAGAGUUUAACAUCCGCACAGAAAGAGGAGGAAGAGGAAAAAGAAAGGAAAAAGCUAGCUAGGACUGCUAGUCCUGAAAAGAAACAGGAGACGGAAAAAACAGCUGUGGAGGAAGAGACGAAGGAGGAGAAAAUUGARCUGAAAUCGAUCACUGCUGAUGGAGAGUCCCCACCUACUACCAAGAUCAAUGUGGAUGAUUAUCAGUCCAAUGAAAAYGAAGAAAAGAGCCCUUAUCCCACAACUGAAGCACCAGCAGAGGAAGAUGAGGAAGAACCUGAGAUGCCUGUCGGCCCUCGACCUCGCCCGAUGUCUGAGCUGCACCUCAAGGAAAAGGCUGCGCCCAUGCCUGAUGCCAGUGCUUUUUUCAUCUUCAGUCCUAGCAACAGGUUUCGUGUCCACUGCCAUCGAAUCGUUAAUGAUAACAUUUUCACCAACCUGAUCCUAUUUUUCAUCUUGCUCAGCAGCAUCUCCCUGGCAGCUGAGGACCCCGUGCGACACCUCUCCUUUAGGAACCAAGUUCUCUUUUAUUUUGAUAUAGUUUUUACUGUCAUUUUCACCAUUGAAAUUGCUCUGAAGAUGACCGCAUACGGGGCUUUCCUCCACAAAGGCUCCUUCUGCAGGAAUUAUUUCAACAUCUUAGACCUGCUGGUGGUCAGCGUUUCUCUCAUCUCCUUUGGGAUCCAGUCCAGUGCCAUUAAUGUGGUGAAGAUCCUGCGUGUUCUGCGGGUCCUUAGGCCACUGAGGGCCAUCAACAGAGCCAAAGGACUGAAGCACGUGGUCCAGUGUGUGUUUGUCGCCAUCCGAACCAUCGGGAACAUUGUGAUUGUCACCACUUUGCUGCAGUUCAUGUUUGCCUGCAUUGGAGUUCAGCUGUUUAAGGGCAAGCUGUACAGCUGCACUGACAGCUCCAAGCAGACAGAAGCAGAAUGCAGAGGGUACUACAUCACCUACAAGGAUGGGGAGGUCAGCCAGCCCAUGAUACAGCCCCGGAGCUGGGAGAACAGCAAGUUUGACUUCGACAACGUCCUGACUGCCAUGAUGGCCCUCUUCACCGUCUCAACCUUUGAGGGCUGGCCAGAGUUGCUGUAUAGGUCCAUUGAUUCCCACAUGGAGGAUGUGGGACCCAUCUAUAAUCACAGGGUUGAGAUCUCCAUCUUCUUUAUUAUCUACAUCAUCAUCAUUGCUUUCUUCAUGAUGAACAUCUUCGUUGGUUUCGUCAUCGUCACAUUUCAGGAACAAGGAGAACAAGAGUACAAGAACUGUGAGCUGGACAAAAACCAGCGCCAGUGUGUAGAGUAUGCCCUGAAAGCCCGGCCUCUGCGGAGAUACAUUCCUAAAAACCAGUACCAGUACAAGGUUUGGUAUGUGGUCAACUCCACSUAUUUUGAGUACCUGAUGUUCGUUCUGAUCCUGCUGAACACCAUCUGCCUGGCCAUGCAACACUACGGUCAGAGCUGCAUGUUCAAGGAAGCCAUGAACAUCCUCAACAUGCUCUUCACUGGCCUCUUCACUGUGGAGAUGGUCCUGAAAUUAAUCGCCUUCAAACCCAAGGGUUACUUUAGUGAUCCUUGGAAUGUUUUUGACUUCCUCAUCGUAAUUGGCAGCAUUAUAGACGUCAUUCUCAGUGAAACUAAUCACUAUUUCUGUGAUGCAUGGAAUACAUUUGACGCCUUGAUUGUUGUGGGUAGCAUUGUUGAUAUAGCAAUCACCGAGGUGAACCCAGCUGAACAUACCCAAUGCUCUUCCUCUAUGAACGCAGAGGAAAACUCUCGCAUCUCAAUCACCUUCUUCCGACUCUUCCGCGUGAUGCGUCUCGUGAAGCUCCUGAGCCGAGGGGAGGGCAUCCGGACACUGCUUUGGACCUUCAUCAAGUCCUUCCAGGCUCUCCCCUAUGUGGCUCUUUUAAUAGUGAUGUUGUUCUUCAUCUACGCUGUGAUUGGGAUGCAGGUGUUUGGUAAAAUUGCGCUGAAUGAUACCACAGAAAUCAACCGCAACAAUAACUUCCAGACCUUCCCCCAGGCAGUGCUGCUGCUUUUCAGGUGUGCCACGGGUGAGGCCUGGCAGGAAAUCAUGCUGGCAUGUCUCCCGGACAAGAAGUGYGACCCGGAGUCAGAGCCGGCCAACUCCACGGAAGCCGAUCACUCCUGUGGCAGCAGCUUCGCCGUCUUCUAUUUCAUCAGCUUCUACAUGCUCUGUGCCUUCCUGAUCAUCAAUCUUUUUGUAGCUGUUAUAAUGGAUAACUUCGAUUACCUGACACGGGACUGGUCCAUUUUAGGACCACACCACCUGGAUGAGUUUAAAAGGAUCUGGGCAGAGUAUGACCCUGAAGCUAAGGGACGGAUCAAACACUUGGAUGUGGUGACAUUGCUCCGGCGAAUCCAGCCCCCCCUGGGCUUCGGGAAGCUCUGCCCUCACCGGGUGGCUUGCAAACGUCUUGUCUCUAUGAAUAUGCCACUGAACAGUGAUGGAACUGUCAUGUUCAAUGCCACUCUCUUUGCAUUGGUCAGAACAGCACUGAGAAUCAAGACAGAAGGUAACCUGGAGCAAGCCAACGAAGAGCUGAGAGCAAUAAUUAAGAAAAUCUGGAAGCGCACCAGUAUGAAGCUGCUGGACCAGGUGGUGCCUCCUGCAGGUGAUGACGAGGUGACCGUCGGGAAGUUCUACGCCACUUUCUUGAUCCAGGARUAUUUCCGGAAGUUCAAGAAACGCAAAGAGCAGGGGCUGGUGGGGAAGCCCUCGCAGCGCAAUGCGCUGUCCUUACAGGCUGGUCUGCGCACACUCCACGACAUUGGGCCAGAGAUCCGACGAGCAAUUUCUGGAGACCUGACAGCUGAAGAAGAGCUGGAUAAGGCCAUGAAAGAAGCUGUUUCUGCUGCCUCUGAAGAUGACAUCUUCCGGAGAGCUGGAGGCUUGUUUGGAAACCACGUGAGCUAUUACCAAAGUGACGGCAGGAGUGGGUUCCCCCAGACAUUCACCACCCAGAGACCUUUGCACAUCAACAAGUCUGGCAACAACCACGGAGAUACCGAGUCUCCAUCUCACGAGAAGCUGGUGGAUUCCACCUUCACUCCCAGCAGCUACUCAUCUUCAGGCUCCAAYGCCAACAUCAACAAUGCCAACAACACCGCCCUGUGUCGCUUCCCCAGCCCACCCAACUACCCCAGCACUGUCAGCACAGUGGAAGGCCAUGGGACGCCCUUGUCACCCACCAUAUGUGUGCAGGAGGCUCCUUGGAAACUCCCAUCCAAAAGCUCCAGUUCCAGAGACAGCCAGCUGGCAAUUGUUUGCCAAGAGGAAGUGUCUCAGGAUGAGACUUAUGAUGAAAAUUUGAAUGAAGACAUCGAGUACUGUAGUGAACCAAGUCUGCUCUCUACCGAAAUGCUUGCAUACCAAGAUGAUGAAAACAGACAACUCACUCCACCGGAAAACAACAAAGGAGAGGACACCCGGCACUCUCCGAAGAAGGGGUUUCUCUGCUCCUCAGCACUAGGUCGAAGAGCAUCUUUUCACCUAGAAUGUUUGAAAAGACAGAAAAACCAGGGCGUGGACGUCUCGCAGAAGACAGUCCUGCCUUUGCAUCUGGUCCAUCAUCAGGCAUUAGCAGUGGCUGGCCUGAGUCCCCUGCUCCAGCGAAGCCAUUCCCCCACCAUGUUCUCUCGGCUGUGUGCUACGCCCCCGGCCACGCCCUGCAACCGGGGCUGGCCGCAACAGACCAUCCCAACSCUGCGCCUCGAAGGGGCCGAGUCCUCGGAGAAGCUCAACAGCAGCUUGCCGUCAGUCCACUGCGGCUCCCGGUAUCCUGACAGCGGCAGCAGCCCCAGGAGAGCCCGGCCGGUGUCUCUGACGGUGCCCAGCCCGACCGCAGGCAGCAGCCGGCAGUUCCACGGCAGCGCCAGCAGCCUGGUGGAAGCGGUCUUGAUUUCGGAAGGACUGAUGCAGUUUGCUCAAGAUCCAAAGUUCAUUGAGGUCACAACCCAGGAGCUCGCAGACGCCUGCGACAUGACAAUAGAAGAGAUGGAAAAUGCAGCAGACAACAUUCUCAAUGGUAACAGCAAGCAGAGCCCCAAUGGCAACCUCUUGCCUUUUGCUAACUGCAGGGACCCAGGGCAGGACAGUGCAGGAGAGGAAGAGGAAGAGGUGCAGAAUCCGGAUUGUAGGAUAAGUCAGGAGGAGCUCAAGGACAGCAGGAUUUAUAUCAGCAGCCUGUAGUUGCCAGGGCUGGAAGCAAUGCUGGUUUUUUAUUUGUUUCAAUGUUCCUAAUGGGUUUGUUUCAGAAGUGCCUCACUGUUCUCGUGACCUGGAGUAACCGGAACAGCGUUCUUCAUUCAUUUCUGUUGGGACGAGUCGCAGAGUUGGGUGGUGUAAGAAAGCUUUUCAGGAGCGGAUAUAACCCCAGCACGUGUCCAUGAAGGAAGAGUGAGGAGGAGGAGAAGAAGAGGAGGAGAACCAGCUCCCUCUUUUUUUCAGUCCCUGCACAAGGAACGACAGCUGCCUCCGGAGCACGAAGGGGAACCUCAGCUUCCUGUGGAUGGCCCCAGCCAAAAGGACCCUGCGCCAAACGGGUGUAUUUCAACUUUGCUUGUAAAAAUCAUUUUGCACAUAUUCUGUAUGAGCCUCACCGUCUCCAUAAAGCCAAGGCCUUUUGAUUCGGAAGGAGAGGAAGACUUCUGCUGUGGAUUCCCACACGGCCAUGGGGAGGAGGAAGCAGGAGAAGCCCACGGGCAUCCGAGCCCUGCCGAGACUCCGGCAGUGGCCCCUGCCGGCCAAUCCGAGCUCGCSUGGUCACUCGCCAGCCAAUCGGAGCUCAAGCAGUCUUCUGCCGGCCAAUCAGAGCUCAGCGCGCCAACUGUGCCAGCCAAUGGGAGAGCAGGCUUGGCAGCGGGGCUGAGGGGCCGCCGGGCCUGUGCGGAGUUCUUGUUUUGCAUUUUGGUAUUUUCUUGAAAGCAUGUUGCAGUUUUUAUUUUGACUAUUUUAUUAUUAUUAUUAUUAUUAUUUUGAGGGAGAAGGGAGUGUUUACAGCGUUUUGUAAUCACCUACCUUUUUUGUUUUGGUUUAUUUUCACUUUUGCAGAUGUUAAAUUGGUUUGACCAUGUUGUAUUAUUUAAACUGGGGGGGGGUUUUCGCCAUUGGAAUUUGGUAGAAGUAUAAUGAUAGAUGAGUUUUACCAACCAUUAUGUACACCGAGAAUUUGUAAUUUUAUUUACUAGUAACUGAAACCUUUUUUUGUUGUUGUUUUAUAAUUUAAAGAUAGUAGGCAAUGCACUUGAUAUAGUCUUGCACAUUUGAGUGAUUGAUUUGGGUUCUUUUUAGUGCUAAGUGUAUCUGUGAGUGUGGGAGGAAUAGGAGCGAGUGUGUGUGCGUGUGUGUGUGUAAGUGCAGUUCUCCACAUUCUGGUUUGAGCUGCAGGAGAUCUGUAUCUGGGGCCAYUCGAAUGCAAAAACAAACCACUGUCUCUGCUUUCGAAAAGGGAAUCAGUAACUUUGCAUUUUCUGUUCCACAAGAUAUGCAAAAACAAUGCAAUAAUAUUAAAAUAAAAUUGUAAGUUGUGUUGGCAUUAAAACUGUAUAGAAAAAAAUUGCGGGGGUGGGGGGAAACAAAAAAAAAAACAACCAGAAGACGUUACGCUUCGAUAUAUUCUGUGUGAUGUUUUAUUGCAUUGAUAAUGUUUCUGUUGAAGAAACCGUUAUACUUGAAUUCAGGUCAGUUUCAGUAUUUUUUCAAAUAUUUUUUUAAAAUGAAUUGCAAUUGUGCCAAGCAAAGAUAAUGAAUUGAAUUAAGUUUGUUUAAAAAAAAAAGAAAAAAAAAAUAAUCACUUCUUGUAUAUUUUGCUGCAUGUCAAGUGAAUCAUUUCGUAUUUGGAAUGUGCCAAGCUUUACCUUUGAACUUUUAAGUGCUUUUUUACGUGUGGUUGGGGAAAGGGUACUAUUUUUUUUUCCUUUUUUAAUUUGUACAAUGAACAAAGUGUACCUGGUGUAAGUAACUAUUCUGCAAUCCACUGACAGAUUGAACGUUACUGAUUUUGCAUAUCUUGUGUUCAUUUUCCUUCUUCACUCCCUUUUAAUGUGCACGAUGACUAUUGGUAGAGAAUCUUUCUUCCUGAGACUGGGACAUUUUAUUCAGACUUUUUUUUUCUUUUCUUUUUGCUCAGUUCCUCUAAAGGUCUCGUCCCACUCAAGGGUGGCAAGACCCUCAAGCCCAUUUGGCAGAUCCAUCCUACAUGUUUAGCUGGCACCAGCAAUUCAAGGAGCUGGGGGAAAAAAUCUGGCUUCAAAAUUAUUUCAUUAAAUUGCUGAACCAUGAUCAAUUAUAGUAGGAUCCUGGGAUAAGAAAUGCAAGAAUCAGCAUAGUUGACAAAGUAAAGUAAUCUAGCUCUGGUCUGGGCUGAAAGCAGAGGGAGAGAGAGCAAGCUCUGGAUCGUUAUUAGGAGAAUUGCUGCAGUCUGGUCAAGAUGCAGAUGCCAAGGACUUUUUGGUGUUUCUAUKCAUGGUGUCAGUCCUCUUCCCAGACUGUAGUGGAUGGGUCAGAUACUAAGUCACAAAAUAUCUGGCAGCACAGCAUGUUCCAGCCAUAUUUCCUGACUAGUAAGUGUGAAACUCUUCUGAGUUUCUCACACAGAUAGUUGUCUCUAACCCUGAGAGAGGCUAAAAAAACAGGCAUGUAUUGUUAGAUUUUAUGCAACUGAUUUUUGUCUAGACUACUGCUGUUUUUUUCACCCUCCUCAGGAUGAYUCACAAACUUGCAGAUCAGUGUUGAGUUCCAAGGUGUGAUCUGACUCAGAGCUAAACUUUUAUUCAAAUCUUGAGCUUCUGCAGAUGUCCAAGAACACCCUUCAUUGCAUACAUUGAUUACAUUAUUUUUGUAAUGCUCUUAUUUUUCUUCUCGAUUCUCUGGAGCAUAAAGGAGAAAUAGCAAAGGGUAUUUUUAACUGUACUUUUUGAACUGGCCAGUAUCAGCUCAAGAUACCUUGAGAAAAACCAAAUACCUUUAAACUAGAGAAAUAUGAAUCCAUUUAUACAGGCAUCUGUCAUCAAAGUCAUAAUUCAAGACUUCCAUGGAGAAAGUAACCAGCUGAUGUGGGUCAGUCUCAUCCUUUCAUCCCUGGUGCCUGUAUGGAGACAGGCACACAAGUGUGUCUCCCUUUGAGUUUGCUGCUGCUAGUGCUGAAGUGCUCCAAAGGUACUUGAAAGAGGGAAAUGCCAGUGCCUGGCUGUUUCUGAAAAUGCUGUGUAAGGGCUCCCUAACUCAUUUUUUUCUGCUACAAAGUCCAUCUGACCCUCCCAAUGGGACACAGGUGUUCUUCACUCCUAAAAAACCAGUACUUACCUAAAUUAGUGGUGACAAUGAGCAUUUUGGAUGCUUGACAGCCCAUCUUUAAGGAUUUUUCUUGAUGGAAAGGAUGUGUCCCACACAUUUCUGGUGAAAGCUGCUACUCCCGCUGGGGUCAGGGCCUGCAAUAGCCAGGGGARCCCCAUCCUCCCCUGGCACACCCGUAGGUGCUGCAGAAUGGAAAAUGUAUGGCUAGCGGAGAAUGCAAAUGACUUCUUCAGUUUGAGGGGCAAGUGUYAAAUUUAGAAAUUGCUGGUGCCAGCUGUGCAAAUUUCUCUUUCUGGGGAGGGCAGCUUUUUUUUUUCAUUUGAGGUACUUGCAAUGUGCACAUUGUGACAUGCCUGAGCAAAGGGCUGCUGCCUCCUGCGAGUGGGGCAGAGUCUGGGGGACAGUGGGAAGGAGGAGGCAGGUUCAGUUCCUGGAGUGUUUCCUUGUGUAUGGGAGUGGAUGGUGGGUACAAUCACUGUGCUGUGGAUGGAAUCUUUGAAGGAACCUAUGGCCGAGAAAUAGCAUGGAAGGGAAGAAUGGGGAAAACGAUCUGCUGUUUGCCUCUGAGCACCUCUGACUCGCAAGAGUACACUGCAGACUAAAGACAUUUCUUAUAAAACAACAAACCUCCUCCCUGUAUCACUCCUGCUCAUUAGUCCAGACAGUACUGGGCCAGCCACACCGGGUGCAUUUCUUUUUUUCUUCCUUAUUUCUGUGUGGCUGACACGAUGGGAAAGCAAGUGGAACUUGUCAUCCAGAGCUGGAGUUUCAUUGUCUACAGACCUUUUGUGCAUCAUCUGCCUCUUCAGCUGGACAUGUGGACAGUGAUGGUGUAGAUGCUGCUGCUACUGCAGGGGUCCUGCCUGUUUUCUUGCCCUGCCCACCACACCCCAGCACGGAGGGACAGCCAGAGAGGCGCCAUGUACAGAACCACAUCUAUUUCUGCUUUGUUUUCUGACUCAGAACCCUGCCCCAGUGACUACGACAACGAUAACAACAACAAAAAAAGGGCAAAUGCAUUUUUUACAUUUCUUGAUAAUUUCCAAAGCAAUGUAUCAUUGCUUUCUUUAGACUGACGCCAAUAUAACAGUUGUAUGGGUCUCAGCCAGGCUCCUGUGUCUUUUCUGCCUGAGUUUCAGAUUGCUGUAUGAAAUGUAUGCGCGUUUGCACACAGACACAACCACACAAGGUGACAGCACCCCAAUCCCAUGGGGUCAGUCACCUGUGUCACAGAUGGAGUUGGAGGCAUUGCUUCAUACAUGGAGAUGAGAAACCCCAACCCACUGGUCCAGUGAGCUGAAGUGAAGCAGCCCUACUGAGACAGAACCGACUAUCCUAAGAUACAUCCAUGGUCCUGUUCUGACUGUCCCCAUGGCAGGGGCAGCCAGGGGGAGAGGAAUGCUGAAUGGGGAAUUUGGAGCACAACAAGGUUGAAGUAGAAUCCAGUCGGGGGUUUCUGGUAGCAGUGAGAUUUUAUCAGUUCCCAUAAUGAAAACUGUAGUGCAUAUAAAGAAAACAUUCCAGGUCAUCAGAAGCCCCAGUUCCAAUCUUGCUAACAUAAGGCUGGAGGGCAGUAGAAGCCAAGGAGGUUAUAUUGAUGUGAAGAAUGUGGAAAACAGACCUAGCCCCUGAACACUUUAUCUUACCCCAUUAUUUUCUUCUUCAAAGAAGUCUAAGAAAUAUAAUUCUCAAUAGCUGCACUGGGUUCCUUUUUUUCUUCUUUUGAAUAUUGUGAAACUUCUAAAGUUUUAUUCUGGGUGAGCAAGCCCAGUGCUCCAGAAGGUUUCCAACAGGAUCUCAGUCUGUGGAGCUUUUAUUUCUGUUCCUGUUUUGUUUCUGGAAAGCUGAAACCACUAUGGCCUUGCUGCUACAGCACCCUGAGGUUGGGUGGGUGAGGGCAGAAGCCCUAAAAGAUAUAUGUCCUGUUCUGAAGACAGAUUGCUUUCAGAAAAGUCAAUAGUGUCACACUGGAAUAGAAAAAAAAAAACAAAAAAAAAAACUCUUCUGAUACAAACUUUAGUGUUCUAGUUAAAUUUUCCAUUCUUCCCCUCCCCCUUGCGGGGAACUUAACACUUGAGCAUAAAAACCAGGCCUUUAGGGGCACAGGGUUCGACUCAGWUGCCUAAAUGUGGGUGUCUACUGUCACUUGAGAUACCCAGAGUAUCCUCUGCCAGGUCUGCAGCAGCUGGUAAGGAGAGGCACAUCUUUGCCCCAGGCAGGGCUGGUGUCACAGCUCCCAGCCCCAGAGGAUGGCAGAGAUCUCAGGUGGCAGCAGACAAUUAGGCAACUUAAUCAAACCCUUUCUAAAGGGCUAAUUGAGAGAAGCAGCACCAAUGACUGAUGUAAUGAGGAAGUCUUCAUUAGCAUUACCAAGGGCUUAGUUAGGCAGGAUCAGGAGCUUGUCUCUACACUCCCACACUGUUGUUUUCCUGCCCCAUGUUCCUACUCUGCCUCCACUCCUGCAGCCUGAAGUUGGCAGCGCUCUGUCCAGUCCUCACCUUAGGCCGGGGUUGGUGGCUGCAUCCCAGGCCCAGUGGAGCAGGGACAGGCCCAGGGAACAGCAGGCGUCACUCCAUUCAACCACAGAUUUUUCUGCCAAUGUUCAAACAGCCCCUUUCCAAAGCUUUUUCCUAUUCGAGACAGACCCAGAAACUGAGACAUUGUUUGCUAGCCUCAUCAUUCAGGUGAUUAAAUACCUGGGG